CAACAAACGACGCGUCUCGUGUCUCGACUCUCUCCAUCUCCGCUAUGAAUCAAGACGACUCCAUCAUAAUUCCGUUUUCUCUGGACGAAUACGGACCCAUUCAACCAAGUUCCCCCGAGUGGGAGUUACCGAAACGCAUGCGAUUCUGGGAUGGGCCCAUCCGCGCGUUUCUUCGAGAGCAGGGCUACACGAUGAAUGAGUUCUGCUCGCUGGAGGAUGAGGAACUCGAUUCGAUUGGAUGCUAUAUGUUCCCUGUGACGCCGUGUCCUACAGGGAAACCCCGGGAUCUCCGUUUCGCAUCUAUGGAACCGUCUCCCGCGGCAGCUUGGAGAGUCUUGUACGAGAAACCUUACUCAGAGUGCACCAGCGGCAAGCAUGUCUUUGCUCAAGAAACAGAGCAUCCAGAGAAUCAUGUCGCCAUCAAGCUCAUCCGGCAUGAGAGUCCGGAGCAUCAUAUCAUGAGGCUUUUGCAAGACGAAGCGAAAGGAGAGGCUACUCGCGGUCUGGUCCCCGUUCUCAAGCUUCUACCGUUUGGCGGUCAUUGGCUUGCGGUCAUGCCUCGGUGGGGCAGCACCGUCGACAGUCCAUGGCCCAAGACUAUCGGGCAAGUACUGGAUCGAUUCGAAGAUGCGCUUUCUGGCCUGGCUUAUCUCCAUGAGCGGAGAAUUGUUCACAGGGACAUCUCCAAGAUGAAUAUGCUGGUGAAUCACGUACCCUACAGCAACCAAUUUUGGGAGGAACUAUCAGAUCCAAUACGUCAGCGGAUGAGGGAGGAGAGGGAGCUGAAGCUGGGUUUGUUCGAUUACAAUCUCUCGCUUGUCUUUCCGAGAGACACUCCCCUGGCACUGGCUCGCUCGCGUAUCGAAGACUUUAACUUAGGCCGGUGGAAGUUCGACUUUGAUAUUGCGCAGGGCGAGUAUCAAUACAAUCCCUUUGCCGUUGAUGUUUUCUGCAUGGCGUAUUGCAUGGGUCAAGGAAUCCAGCAUCUGGCACCCAUCGCUCCGAUACUCGCACCGAUCAUUGACGGCAUGACACACUGGCAUGUGCCGUCCAGAUUGACUGCAGCAGAGGCCCUAUCUCUCCUCCGGGAUCUCAGAGCAGAGCACAAUCCUAUCAUAGCACAUCUGGCCGCGCCUACACUCGAGGAGAUGGAUUGUGGAUAUCCUUCUCUGAUGGAUUGCGACCGCUGGAAGGGACUCCCUGAAGAGUUCAUCCACCGCUGGAAACAUCUACGUACGCCGCCUAUUCCACACCAUAUCCGCCUGCUCCGCCUCCUCUGCUCGUUCGAACCCAUUUCCUUGUUCUUUCAAGCAGUCCGCUGCACAGCAGACCGUCUGCUCGGCAAAAUGUACAUAUCCUUGUCAACCGUAGAUAUCCUAUAGAGACUGGCUGCUUUUGCU